GUUCAUCAGUUAACAAACGAAAUUAAGCGGAAGAUGAUGUCGUACAAUCCAUAUAAAGGUGAACGACAAGACAAACAGGUCUUUGUGAAAUUUGCGGAUGAUAAAGUGGAAAAUGGUGUACUGCAUGGAAAGAGAAUAAUAGAAAUGGAAAAGGAGCGGCCAACGUGGUUCAAGAAACUUUUUUGA